AUGGGUGACAGGCUGGGCUCUGGCAGUGGCCAAGCCGUCCCGGACGGCUUGCCCCAACUCUCGGUUUGGGGCAUCGAUAUGCGCGAGGAGGCAAACGAGCCCCAAGCAACGGAGACGGAUAACCACCUGAUCGGCUAUCUGGCCAUGGCUGAGAUGAUCAGCCAGUCCGGGUUAUGUGAAUACUGCCAGACUACUCUCGCCAAGCACCUCAUCAACGAGGAUACGGCCAUCCGUCGGCCCAUACACUCAGGGGGCCUCUACGAGCCCAACCGCCACGGCUCCGAGCACUGGACGGCAGGCACAAGCAUCGCCACCUUCCUGGGACCUCACGUGGUCGACACGCCGCCACGGAGCCACCUGCCGACCACUCCCCACUCCCAGGCCAGCCGCAAAGACCGCUGGGCUGCUCGGAACCUCGCCUGCUUCCGGCGCAGGUGGCUCAACGACCCGGCCUGGCGGCAGCGCCGGCUGCGCGGCUGGCUCUCGCGGCUCUGCCGGCCCCUGACCUUCCGGCCCGCGCCGCCCGCGGAGGGCGUGCCCGCGGCGGCGGGCCACAACGUCUGGGAGCUCAAGCUCUGGCACGCGUGCGCAGGGCGGUACGACCUCGUCGACCUGGCGCAGGGGCGCGACGUAAGGGAGUGGGCGCGCCUGGCGCGCAUGCACCUCGUGACGUGCGAGAGCGCCGAACUGGGCGGCGGCCGCUGCCUGUGCAAGGACGUCGACCACCGCCCGGUCCAGGACCCGGCUCGCCUCGCGUGGUACCAGGGCCAUAUCUCUUUAGAUAGACGAGUCUGCUACGUCUCCGGAGGCGGCCUUUGCUGGUCACGUUGGCACGUACCUAUAUAG